AUGAUGACCUUGCAGCUGGCCUUUGCCCAUGCCGGUCAAGUUCCGCGUCCUCCGCCGGCGCUGAGCCAAAGGGAUCGGCCGCGUCGGCCACGGCGAUCGAAGUCGGGUUGCUCGGGCGCUGUUGCAAGCCUCACAGGUGGAGCUUUGCUUUGCUCCCGGGAGCGAGUGAAGCGCCAACAGGCUGAUCGGGACAGUUCCGAGGCCGAGGCCGCCGAACGGCUGGAGCUCAUCCGUGCGGCCAUCCGCCGCGGCGAGGAAAAAGCAGCAAAGGGUGAGGAUGGGGCAACAGAGCCGCGGCGGAUGACACCUGAGGAGGAGGAAGCCCUCCAGAAGAUGUUUAUCCAGCCAGAGGAGGUGAUGGCUGCAGGCGAGUCUGAGAGCGAGGCCGUGAAGGCCGAGCCGGAGGAGCCGGAGGAGGACCUGCACGAGGUACGUCUUCGCCGAACUCUCGAGUUCUGCCCUGAUGGCAAACUUGCCUGGGAAAUUCUCCAAGAAAUCGUUGCUUCUGGUGAAAGGCCAGGAGUGGGCGCCUUUGAUCUUGUGAUGGAGGCCUUUUCGCGGCGAGGCGCCUUGGAUGACGCUCUGGCCGUGUUUAAGGCGGUCGCAGAUGCAGGGCUCACACACAGUGAUGCAAGCUUUGAUUUCUUGGCCAAGCCCGCCUCGAAGAGUGGGGAGUAUCGCUUCGUUGAGAGGCUCUACGCUGCCAAGGCACAGAGCACGCAGCAUGGACAGAUCGGUCCUGACUCCCUGUCGUUGCUGCUGGAUGCCUAUGCCAAUGGUUUGCCUAGGCAAGCUCAGAAGGCGCAGGGCGCCUUCCGGGGCGAAAUGGCCGCGGCCGAGGCGGCCCAGACCAUGGCCACCGUGCCCAGCGAGGUGGCACCAGGCUCCGUGCGCCGUGCCUUGCGCCGGGCCGUCGGCUCGUCGGUCUAUCGGGCGCUCAUGGAGGAGUUCCUUGGGCCGAAGAGUUGGCGAACGGUUUUUCGAAGCCAAUGGCCCGGUAUGGGCUUGACCCAGAUGCAGAUCUGGACAUGUGAUGCGGUGAAGUCCACGGCGUUGGCUGGAGUUCGUAUUGGGCCAUGGCUCAAGGCAGCUGUUCCAGCUGGGAAGAGCGGACCGAUGGCCUUAGAGGAUGUGCUCAACUCUAGUUUGCUUUACAUCGCCAAUCUAUCCAGUCUGAGAAGUGAAGACGGAGGUUUGAGAAGUGAAGAGGCAAACCAGGGAGGCAUCGAAGCUGCAGCCGAAAAGCGAGCGAAGAAGGACCAACGAAAUGAGACGAAGAAACCUAGCAAAGGCAACCUCAUGUGGCAAGCGAAGCACACGAACCCCAACAGUCAAGUAGUUGCGAUCUCCCUCACCAUCGCUUUGUUUGCCUGGGAGCCACAGAGUGUGGCCAUCUGGGCCAUCUUGCGCUCCCGUGGGCUGCGCGUGGUCCUGAGCGCCUCGCUCUUCGUGGCCUUCCUGGUGGCCACGCAGCUGUCGGUGAAGGUGGUGGAGUCGAAACCCUUCAACUUCAAGCGCCUUGGGCAGCCCGAACGGACCGUCUUCGGGUGGCCGCGAGAACUUCGCGGGCGAGCGGACGCGGUGAAUGAGCUCCUGUUCCCAGGGCUGUUGACCACCUUGCACUUCUCCUGUGUGGUGGUGGCGGUUGCUGCGUAUUGGACGUGGAAGGGUGAGCCUCGGAAGAUUUUUCCCUGGUCCAUCCCGCUACUUCGAUGGGUCAAGACCGUUGUUCCAGUGGCAAUUAGUCAACCGAUCUCGGUGGUCUUCAACAACAAAGCCAUGGUCUAUGCGGGAGCUGGUGUUUGUGCCGUCAUUGGGACACUGUCCCCAGUUUGCACUGCUGUGAUUUCGAGCUGCUGUGGCAGGCGCCUUACUGUGCUCUCCUGGGGAGGUGUGAUCAUCGCCUUCCUGGGAGCCCUGGUGAUCUCCUGGGGUGAAGUCUCCUCCGCCCGGGCGCCCCAUUUCGUCCUUCCACGAAGGAGUGGGCUGAUUUAUGCUUUUGCCUCAUUAUCUGGGCGCUGCGCAAAGAUUGUGAUCCUGGACUACAUGAUGGCGCCCCUGGCCUAUGCCCGGAACACCGAGCCGGUGGACGAGGAGCCGCUCUCGGUGAUCCACGUCUUGGGCCUGACUUACCCUUGGGGUGCAGUGCUUUCUUUGGCUUAUGCCCUGACCUUGGGUGGAGAAAGCCCUCAGGAAGCCUGGAAUCAACUCACGCCAGAACUUGGUGGUUACAUUGCAUUGUCAUGUUCCUUUGCCUUGGCCCUGAACUUCUUGGGAACCUUUGCUUUACAUGAGUUGGGCGCCAGUGCUCAGCAGAUCGUGGGUAAGCUGAAUACCAUCUGCUUGGCCUCCAUCUCGGUGGCCUUCCUUGGGGAGCAUCUUCCCGUGGUGGUGGUCGUGGGAAGUGCACUGGUUCUUGGUGGGGUGGCCAUCUUUGAACGAGGGCAGCAUGACGUGGGCCACGAGGACGACUCCGUGCCAGCCUCAGCUGGACGAGCCACGAUGCCAGCGGCCAUCCUGGCGCUGCGAGACCAAAGACUGUCUCAAUGGCGUGAGUCGCUGAGAGGCCAGGCCAUUCGCAAGAAUUCCCCACCUUUGCAUGAGAAUUGGCCACCUGCGCCAUGCGACGCCUGGAACAUGCAGGCACGGCAGCGUCCCAGCUCAGCGCCGGGGAGCAAAAGCGUCCGGCACCGGCGGCGCUCCAGCGCUGAGCGUCCGGAGGCAGAGGAUGCCAGAGAUACUGACAAUGUGAACCACCUCCUGACUGUGCAGGCGAACUGGGCAGGACACCUUUUCGUGGCCGGUCGGUGGGGACCGCCGGAGAAGUCCCAGGGAAGCCCCAAGAAGGUGAAGUUCGUCGAGGAGACGAGACCGCCCUUCAACAGUGCCAACAUCGAUUGCAAGUGGCCACGACGCAGCGGGGCCCAUGACUUCACACAGAACUGGCUCCGCCGAGGGGACCGGCUGUCGCCCCGCUCGGGCAAGCUCUACCGGCCCUCCUCAGCACAGGUGAAUUUCCAGCGAACAGCCGUCGGCAAUCUCCAAGUGGUUUAUCCACCAACCACGGAGGUGCUCUCCAUGGUAAGGAAGAUGGAUGGGGAGGUUGAAGAAGACUUUGAGGAGGAGAAGCAGAUGGAACACCAGCACGGCGCGUGGAAGGUCCGCACGCGCUUGUUCCCUGGCAGGAUCCAGCGGAACAAGCUGAGGCGCGGACCAGAUGAUGAAGAUCGAGAGGAAGCCUUACUGCUGAACGAGAUGAAGCAGUUGAAGACCGGGGAGGACAAAGACGUCGAGCGUUUUGAGGGCCGAAAGCAGCGGGGGUUCAAGGAUGCGAUCGCCUUCUUCGCCAAGCAUGGAGACCAGUCGGACUUGCAGGUCAUUCAUUGUGUGGCAGCUCAUGUGGAAGAGGGCCAAUUCCGGCCCUACGACUUAGUCGUUGUGGAUGAGAAGGACAAAGGCAAUGAGUACUUCAUGAUUUCUCCCAAGGGCAUUGUCCACAUCUGCCCUGGGAAGCAGUCCGAGCACACCACACUCACCAGCUGGAUGCACCAAGUCAUGAUCUACACAAACGCUCCGGCUUUGACCAUGUCAGAGCUGCCAUCGUUCAAGUGGCUCAUCUUUGGCUGCGGAGGGGUGGGUGGCUAUUUUGGAGCACGGAUCGCGCAGGUGAAAGGACAGCGUGUCAGCUACAUUGUGAGAAACAAAGCCUUGGCUGCUCUCAAGGAGCACGGAGUUCGAAUCACCAGCAUUUGCGGUGACGUGCAGGUGCCGCCCUCGGAGUUGGGGCCCAUCUUGGAUUCCCAGGCGUUGGACAAAGAAGAGAAGUUCGUGGCAGAUGUCAUCAUGUUAGGCUGUAAGGCGUGGGAGGCCAAGGACUGCUUGCAGAUGUGCGAGCCCUGGUGUGGCCCUGAAACCCUGGUCUUGCCUUUGCAAAAUGGCGUCGAGGGCCUGAGCACCAUCCGAGACAUCGUCACCUCCUGGGGCAAAGGCCAUGCUCUCGCAGGAUGCUGCAACAUUGUGUCUGCCAUUGCGGAGCCGGGGCACAUCAAGCAUUGGGCCGCUAACCCUCCUUACAUCACUUUCGGAGAGUUCCUAGGGGCAGCCACCCCGAAAACUCUGCAGGUGAAGGCAAUCUUGGAUGCGGCCCCUGGCAUGGACGGCAACUUGGAAGAGGAUGCGCUGGCCAAGAUUUGGGAGAAAUUCACCUUCAUUUGCUCCACCACUUCCGUGCAAGCGAUCACAGGACCUCAUGCCACCCAAGACAUGAUUCCCGCCAUUCCGGAGCUGCUUGACACAUGGCGCGCAGCCAUGCAUGAAAUUGUUGCUCUGUGUCAUAGUUAUGGCAUCAAAUAUGACUUGAAGCAGGUGGACCAACGUGUGGAGGCCCUGCGAGUGGCCAAAGGCGCCAGCACCAGUUGCAGCCGGGACCUUUGGAGCGGAAAGCCCUCCGAGGUCGACGACUUGUUGGGCUCGGUGGUGCGGAUGAGCAAGGAGCAAAAGGUGCCUGUGCCCACGAUCUCUGCGUGCUACAGCGCGUUGAUUGUGAGGGACCGUAUCGCACGGGGACAAGAGUUGCCGAUCCAAGUGCCGGAGGGGCAGAAGAUUUUGGGGCCCAACUGGGGUCCUGCCUGA